UAACCUUUCGUUCAAAAAUAAAAGACUUUUAAAUCGAUUAAAACCAUGGUAGUUCGAAAAAUUAGCAAAAAAUUGUACAAAGCAAGGCAUUAGUAUAAACUGAAAAAACUCCUUGCGUAGGAUACCUUUAUACGAGUUGAUAUACGAAGCAGUUUCUCAUCGAUAUAAUUACAUUUUUUGACUAGUGCAAUGAGUACUAAUGGUGAAGAACGAACUCAGGCACCCCCAGAAUCCCAAUCUCAUGGCUUUCAAGCAGCUAUGGAUUACAUGAUGCUGAGAAAAGUUGAUGCUUUGUUGUGGUUGACUCGAAUUGGAACUAUGGUAUUUACCAUAUUGUCUAUGAUACCAAUAUUUGGAGUUAAUCCUUAUACUUCUUAUCAAAGAGCCUUGAUGAGUAAUGCUGCAACAAGUGCGCUUCGUCUUCAUCAAAGGCUACCCCGAGUGCAGCUCACAAGAGAAUUUGGAGCUACACUGCUUAUGGAAGAUUCAUGCCAUUACUUACUCUAUUCUAUUUUGUUUAUCAUUUCCUAUCCCAUUACAUUAUCCUUAUUACCAAUCUUUCUCUUUGCUGUUUUACAUUCUGUACAUUUCAGUAUCAUAAUCUUAAAUAAACUUGGCCAUUACAAUACCUGGGCUACUACUUCAUUGACUUCAAUUGCAGAAAACCAUCAACGCAACAUUCUUCGAUUAGUUGCAUUUACUGAAGUUACUUUGAUGCCACUUACUAUACUUUGGCUCUUUAGUGGCAAAGGAAGUCUAUUUACCCCAUUUGCUUAUUAUCGCUUUUUGACAUUCCGAUAUGCUUCACGAAGAAAUCCAUAUUGCAGAAAUGUUUUUCAUGAAAUGAAAAUUCUCCUGCAGAAUUUUGCCAGCAAGCCAGGUCGUAAUGUUUCAAUUAGAAAUUUUUGUCUCACAAUAAUACGUGUGUGUUCAUACUUUGCACCACCUAUCGUUCCUCAACAAUAAAAACAAAACUUUUAAUUGAUAUUUACUUGUUGACUGUCUUUUACUAUGUUUUUUUUGUGUAUAAAUUUUAUACAUGUGCUUUGAUAUGGAUUUUAAAGGUGUCAUUUUUUUUCCAUUGUACACCGCUGAACAAUUGUCAUCUUCUCUGAACAACAAUUUGUACGAAUGCCUAAUUAGAAAAAUAGUAUGCACUUAAUAGUUCUACUAGUGUUAUACAUUUAUCUGAUAACAUAAUUGAAAUAAGCUUUUUCAGGUAUAAUCAUAUAUGAUAAAGAAAUGGUUAGAAUAAACUGGAUAUGUAGAACUAAAACAUGUUUUUUUUCUUCAUAUUCUCCCUUUACUGCAAAUUUUAACUGGUUUAUAUGUAUGUAUAACAUAUUUCUUAAUGAUUUUUCUGUUUUAAAAUAAUUAUUCUGACUUAUUUUUAGUUUGUUUUUUUUUUAAUAAUUUUUUUUAAAUAUCAGAUGUUAAAAUAUUUUAAGUUUUAAAGCCAAAUAUUUAGGACCAAAUCAUGAAGUUAUUUUAAAAAAUUAAAUAAUUCUUCAAAUUGUAAUUUUACAGCAAAUUAUUAUUUUCCUAAGAAGUUGUUUCAAAACAAUUUUGAUUACAAUAUGAUUUUUGAAUAUGAUUAUAUGAACCAAGUUAUAUAUUUUUUAAAGUUCAAUUCAAAGAUAUGAGAUUUAUGCACUCUUUAAAAUAGUAUAUAGUGUACAAAGAAGUAUUUAUUUUUCAUAUUUGUGUAAUAGUUGACUGAAGUCAAGAAGAAAAACUCAUUAUCAGAAAGAGUGUAUUAGUGUGAGCUUACACCAUUUUGUUCUUUAUUUAUAAGUACUAUUUUAUCACUCUGAGCACGGAUAAAUAAACAGAAUUGCGAAGUGAAUUUAUAUUGCACUUAUUUUGAAUUUAUUCUGUAAAUUAAAGUCUGCUAACUUUUAAUUUGUAAGAAGCAAAAAUGUGGAUGAUCAAAAAUGUUAUAUUUUGUCAUUAUGCAAAAUAAUGUUUGGUAAAUAAGUAAAUAUAUUAAUAAAUCAGUGAAUUUUUUUUUUUUAAAGAUUCUCAAAUUUAUUAGUUUUUCUAACAGUUCAUAUUAUGGACAAUUUCAUGACACAGGACAACACUACAAAUAUAAAUAAAUUAACAUUUAAUAGCAUCUCUCUGCUACACAAAACAAAUUUCUCAGUUUUUUAUUUAUCUAAUUCAGAUAUAAAAUCAGAAAUUAUAGUUUUUAAAUAUUUUGUAAUAAUAAUAAGAAAGUUUAUUAAAAUUUUAAUAUAGUUUGUAUUUAUAGCAUCAGUCACAUUUGUCACUGUCUAUAUGUUAUUUAUUUUGUAUUUUCAAUUUUUCCCGAUUUGUUUGAAUUUUUUUUAAUAAUAAAUUUUUAUAUUCGUCGUUGAACAGCCGACACAAUUUUGGGUUUAUUACUACUAAUAUUCAACCGUAGCCUUGUAGUUUUGAACUAAUCCAGAAGACGAGGAAACACCUGAAUCAGUACCCCCAGGUCUCGAUUUAUUAUAGUUCGUCGAUUUGGUCUGAGGGUCAAAGAAUGAUCACAAAAUAUUUUGUUAAAUUUUUCUUAUUUAUUUUUCCUAUCUUACUAAUUUUAAAACAACAAUUAAAAAAAUGUUUCUAAAGAUAAUUUCAUUGAUAAAAAAUACUAUAUAUUUAUUGAUUUUUUUUAAAAUCAUAUAUUGAAUAAAUUUUUUUAAAGAAACUCUUACAUAUUUUGAAAAGAUAAGCUCACUUUCUCUUUUUUAUUUGAAUAUACAAUUGGUUCAAGAAUAGUUUUAACUGAUAAAGAAAUUUAACUUCUACUUGGUUAUUUGAAAUGAUAAACAUCUUUAAUUAUUAUGUCUUAGGCAUACAAAAUGAAUUGCUGAUGUAAUUUUUCCAGAUAAUUUAUUGAUAAUUUGAAAAAAAUUAUCCAUCACUGUAAAGUUGUGAGUAAAGUAGAUAGCAAACUCAGUAAAGUUUUAGAUGCAAAUAUUAACAUUUGUAAUAUUUUCUUUAGUUUCACAAAUGCAUUUAUUGGUAUCUUAUCUAUGUAUUCAGAACUUGAUUAAUUUUUUCAUUAAUUUAUUCUUAUAUAUCGUAAUACAAAAUUAAUACAUGUAGCUUUUUAAUAAGAACAUCUCUUCAUUCUGCCACGGUUAUGGAUUAACAUUUAUAUGUAUUAAAUUUUUAACUUUAUAUGUGUAUAUAAUACCAACAUUUCUUUACAUUUAAAACUAGUUUCUUAAACUUCCCUUUCCUGUUUGAAAAUCUGUAGCUUUUAAAAACUGCUUGAAAUUAGACUGUUCUAUUGUCUUUUUUUUUUUAACAUAACAUUUCAUUUAAGGUCACAGGAAUAUUUUCUUGCUAAUAAUUAUUUUUAAAUGUUCUUUUCUUUUAAAUUUUAUUAGCUUAUAUCAUGCAUUUGGUUUAUUCUGCAGCCUUUGUUUUCAAGUCUGUUCUUGAAAAUGGUCUUUUUUUUUGGCAAUGCCCAUAAGAAAAGUGUUUAUUUAGGUAUUUAUUAAACUGUUUUUUUUUUUAAAUUUCACAUAAUUUUAGAUUUUAAGUUUUUAUUUUAUUAAAUUAAAACAAAAGUUUCAGAUAGAAUUCUUUGUAGUAAUUUUCUGUUGAUUUCUUUAUCUUAUCAAUAUUAAAAAUAUUAUUGAAAAAUUCUAUCUUAGGCUUUAAUAGGUUAAGAAAGCUUGUUUAAGAAAGAAAAAUGAUCAUUUAGAAAAAUAAUUUUUUUUUAUUAAAUGUUAAAACGUAGUUUUAUUAUAAAUUAAUAAUUUGUAUUGAAAUUCAAAAUGCUGUUGAUAGAUAGCUUUUCAUUUUAAAAAUUUAAUUUUGAUUUUGGUCGAAUAGCAAAACAUUUUUCUUAAUUCUAAUCUUUUUUUCAUUACUAUUAUAGUUAAAAUAACAAUAUUAUUUGAAAUUGAAUAUUUUUCCAGAAAGACAGGUGCUGAAAAUAUUCAUGAAAAAUUAAAAUUACAAAAAAUUUGAGGAAACACUUUCUUUUUUUUCCCUCUCCAGGUCUUAAAUUUCUAUACCACAUGGUUGCACUGCACUUUCUCUCCUGUUUUUGAUUUUUAUAUCCAAACCACUAAAUUGGUCCGGCCAUCUUAAAUUUGGUCUACUUUUCUUGUUAGAAAGUUUCUCUCUCGUGAUAUUAAUGAGCAUAUUUGUUUCUUUAUUUAUUUCUACAUGCUCUAGCCAUUGUAUCCUUUUUGCUUCUAUGAAUCUCAUGUCUUUCUUUUUAAUUAAGGUUUCAAUUUUCUGAUUGCAUCUUUCCCUCCACACGCCAUUUUCUCUUAUAUUUCUAUAGAUUUUUUUAAUAAUUCUGCAUGCCUUAGCAUAUAUCAAUCUCUGGGCAAGACUCUUUUUUCAGAUCCUAAUGUAACUAUUCAUUUAAUUAUUGCUGUUCUCCCUAAGCUUUUUCAAAAGGGUUGCCCACCCCACCUUUCCUUAAACAGAGGUAAAUGUAGCCUUUUGUAAAAAUGUUGUCUGCCCCCCCCCCUUUUUUUUUAAAAAAAAGUUCUAUUUUUAUUUUAAGAAAACAGCAGUAGCAGAAUUCAGGAACUACUAUUAUUUUCCAUAUUUAUUUGAGUACUUUUAAUUCUGUUCUGACGGGCACUAAACUAACUAGAUAUAAUUAAUGUAUUUAGCAAGAUUAAUGCCUAAGGCAUCCUUGUUUUUGAAAAAGAGCACCCUGCCCCUUUUUUAUUUUUAAGAUCUCUUAACAUUGUAUAUCUACAUCUUACAUUUUCUUAAAAUUAGUUUAUACUUUAAAAUUUAUAAUUGGCAUAUAGUGCUUUGUUACCAUUUAAUAUUUGUCAAUCAUUUCACAUUAAACUAUUAAUUACUUACAUUAUUCGUUAAAGGAUAUAUUUGACAUUGAUAGAUUUUAUUUAUGAACUUUUUAAUUGUUUUAGUGAUAUUUUAUUGUUUUAUUACCUUUUUUAUAAUUAAAACUAAAACACAGAUUUUUAUAAUCUUGUGACUCACUUCAUGUGUUUAAUUGUUACUUGCAAAUUUAUUUGACUACUUGCUAAGUUACUAUGUCAUAAAUAUAUGUAAGAUGAAAUAUUAAAACUUACUUUCUAAAUCACCUUAAUUUUUUUUCUAUGUAUUAAGAUCAAUUAGAUUUUUUUUUUCAGUAGUAAUUUAACUAAAAUGAAAAUAGUUGUAUUCAUUAAACAUUAAAAAAUAUAACCUUUCACAAUUUCUGUACAAUUGAUUAGUGAAAUUCAUAUUUUAAUUUAAUUGCAAUAAUGUCUUUGUUGGUAGCUAAACCUCAUUAUCUUUUAUGAAGUAUGUUAUUUUUUUGAUGAAACUAAUUACAAUUAAAAAAAAUUUGUGGAAGAACAUGUUAAAAAAAUGCUUUAGAUUGUACAGAAAUAUCAUAACAAUACAUCUUUUAAAGAAAAAUUCAUUGUUUAAAGUCUUAAGCAAAUGAAGUUGAUGUUUUAUACAUAAGUCAACCUUAAAACAUUUUUAUCUCACUAACUUUAAUGUUUUCAACAUGUCAUUAUCAACAAGUUGUUUCCUUUCUUUUACAUAGUUUUUCAAGCUCUUGCACAUACUUUUUUUUCACAGACAGAAUUCAGAUGCAAUUACUAAAUGUGUACUUGUGCAUUUUAAAGCAGCACAUAAGUUCUGUAUUGAAUUAUUUAUAUGAAUGUUUGUUUGGUGUCUUAAAAACAAUCUUGGAUCUGGAAAUAUUAAAGCCCAUUAUUGGAGAACAUGUAGGACGAAUUACAUUCCUCAAAAACUGUUAUUGAAGAUGAACUUUGUUAUAAGAAAAAUUUAGAAAUACUGCAAAAUAUGCAAGUAUUAAUUGAUUUGGGGUUCAUUAUGAUGAUGUAUAAGAGUUAAAUAAAAGAUGGAUUGUAUAUA